AGAGACGACAAGAGAUUCAAGCAGAUCGGGGCUAGAUGUCGGAGAGAAUGAGGGUGAAGGGAUGGGCGCUGUCCGCGAAAGCUCUGGCGGGGAGCAGACUCCUUCGGAGAAGAAGAGCGAGCGACAGAGGAUGGUGCGAGAGGAGGUGGCGGAAGGAACCCUCUGCAUGAAGAGGGUGAGAGGAAAACCGGAGGCGGUGAUGGGCGGGGAUGGAGGUAACGACGGAGAAUGUGCCUCGGGAAAGAGGCCGACGAAGGAAGACGGUGGGACGGCAAGUAAGAAAGCGAGGAGGCCCGGCGGUUUGACCAUCCGCGAAGGACAAGCCGUGGGUGGAGGAGAUUCGGUUGAUCCAGGCGCUGCGGCCGAGAGAGAACCUUCGGGGAAAUCGAAACGGAAAGUGGCAGCUGAAGAAGGCGAUGGCCAGAGGAAACCUCGAAGGCGGAAGACUGCUGAGGCGGCGAGCGGGGGCGAACGGCCUGUCGGUGAGGAGUGGGACGAAGCGGCAACGUUUUGGCUCAAAUACGAGCGGAACGAUGACGGAGAGAUCGUGGAGAAGGAGCUCCCCAUCCAACUGCUCAUCGACCCCAGGAAGGUCUGCGACAUCCCGUCUUGGGAAAGAUAUUACAACCACCGCAGUUUAAAUCGGGAAACUGUGGACGACAUCAAGGCUGCAAUGCUGAGUCAAUACCGCGAGAAAAGGGGGAAGAUCUGGACGAAAAACCCUUUAAUUCUGGCACCCAUCUACAAGCCGGUGACGCGUAGGCCGGAGAUAGCUAACAGGGUUCACAAAGAUGACUUCAAGCCAGAGGACAAGGAAAAGUACUACUAUUACCCUGUUAACGGACAACACACCGUGGCUGCUGUGAAGGAGUUGGAGUGUGAGCCAAUAUUCGAUUUGUGGAAGAUGCACUCCUGGCCGGCAAGAGUAGUGUGGUUCUCCGACCGAGAUUUCGCGGGGUAUAGGCAGGUCAGUCUCAACGAGAACACGAGACACAAGAUGUCUAAGCAGCGAUCGCAGAAGGCCGCAUUCUUGGACAUGCGUGAGGCAUGGGAGAAAGAAGCAAGGCCGAUGGCCAUUCAAGGGAAGUUAGGGAACCCUUCCGGGAAGGAGGCCGAAAAACAAAAGUUUUUCGAAUUCCAGAAGCUGCUUUUGGGAAAGAGUCCGAACGAAGCUCACUGGACGUUGGCAAAAACAGAUUUGUCGAUCUCCGACAAGGACUAUGUCGCUGCCGUUGGCAAUGUAUUGAGGCAGUGGAUGCCGGUCGUGACGGCCGGUGAUGACGUUUUUCGUAAAGCCAUGGAGUUCUACGUGAAAUGGGCGGAGGGGAAGUUGUUGGGCGGCGACGGCAAAAUGCCAUUGUCGAGGGCGGGUAAAUACAUGCCUGACAAAUCUCCGGGUCUGCAAGCAAUUCCUGAAAUUGGCAUGAAAGGGGCGGCUGGUGAAACGAAGAUGGGGUGGCUGGUCCGGGUCCCGCUGCCUCCGACCAAAAAGAAAACGCAAGCGGACGACAAGUUUUUCGUGGUCGUGAAGGAGCCAAACAUGUUCUGUUGGCAGUCUCUCGCCGACAUAACCGAUGUCGAGAAACUGUCGAUCCUCGACGACAUUCUCGCACUAAGGGGAGUGUUCGUGCAAUCUGCGGGCGGCCAUAUGAAGCGUCAGCAUAAACCUAGAAUUAAAGAAAUGGUCCCGACGGCGAAAGUGGACCGUGUGAUGCUUCGUAUGUUCUACUACAUCUUGUUCCUUGAAACGAAGGAGAACGAAAGUGUUUGGUGCCAUGGGAGCCCAUUUUUUCGGACCGAGGGGAAGCUUCUGGAGGAGUUCGGGCCGCAGGGCCUCACGAAACAGGUGUGGGUCGAAAUGCGAAAGCAUUUCCUGGGCGCGGUGAAGUACGUGAACACUUGCAAACGUACUCUUCCUCACGAGAAGGAGUCCAUCGACGACGCGAAGAGAUUGUACGAUGAUGACAGGUUUCCUAAAUCUUUCGAAAAGUCUGUCCGUUCCAUCUUGCGACGGACGAAAGAAGAAGUUUGAGACACGAUCAGGGUCAGCGGGGAUGUGAGGCACAUCAAAUGGCCCGACCUCAACCGGGUGACCAGCCUUAUUC